AAUAUUCUCCUACUACCAGGAACUGAAAUUGGGUGUUUGUUUCAGGUGUGGAAUACAAGCUGGAGAAAGUUGGAAAUGGUUCGUUUAGAGUAAAACUAUCUGCUAAUGCUACAAAGACUGUUGUAGAGCUCAGAAGACCACUGGAAGAACUGAUGAGAGGAAGAAUUUUAAAUCACGAAAGCCUUACUCUGACAGUCUUAAGGCAUUUAUUCUCCCAACCUGGUGUGAACUUGAUGCGAUCAAUACAGCAGGAGACACAAACCUACAUUCUCUUUGACCGGCGUAACUUCAAUGUCAGAGUUUUUGGUUCUCCACGUGACAUCGCUGCAGCUGAGAGGAAACUGAUCCAUUCUCUUAUGAACUACCAUGAAAGCAAGCAGCUCAAAGUGCACUUGAAGGGCGAAGAAGGCCAACCUCCAGACUUGAUGAAGAAAGUUGUAGACAAGUUUGGUCCGGACUUGAAGGGAUUAAAUGAGAAGUUCAGGGAAGCAGAAUUUGUACUGGACACAAGGCAUCAUGUCAUUUCAAUUUCUGGUAACUCAUUAGAGAUGAAGGGCAGAGUGGAAGAAAUAGUUAGAGAGAUUGCAAGCAAUGGUGACCAAUCCUCCACUGACCAUACUUGCAGCAGUGAGCGUUGCUGCCCAAUAUGCUUGUGUGAAGUUGAGAACGGUUACAGACUUGAAGGUUGCUCACAUUUAUUCUGUCAGUCCUGUUUGGUGGAGCAGCUCGAGUCGGCAAUGAGAAAUAUGGACAGCUUCCCAGUAUGUUGUGCCAGGGAAGGAUGCGAGAUGCCAAUAUUGCUCACAGAUUUGAGGUCUCUUUUAUCCACGGAGAAGCUGGAAGACCUUUUCAGAGCUUAUUUGAGGUCGUUUGUAGCAUCGAGUGGUGGAAUUUACAGGUUCUGCCCUUCUCCAGACUGCCCUUCAAUCUACCGAGUAGUUGCUGAUCCUGCUGAAACAGUUUCUGGUGCUGGCGAACCGUUCAUGUGCGAGGUGUGCUUUGCCGAGACAUGUACGAGGUGCCACUUGGAGUAUCAUCCAGAGGUAUCGUGCGAGAAGUACAAGGAGUACAAGGAAGACCCUGACCUGUCUCUCAAGGAAUGGCGCAAAGGGAAGGAGGAAGAUGUCAAGAACUGCCCUGUGUGCUUUUAUACGAUUGAGAAGGUUGAUGGUUGUAAUCAUGUGGAGUGCCGGUGUGGGAGGCAUGUUUGCUGGGCUUGCUUGGAGCAUUUCAGUUGCAGCCAAGAUUGCUAUGCCCAUCUCCAGUCCAACCACAUCGUGAUGUGAGAGAGCUGCAUCUGUUGUGGGGGCGUUAUCGUGUCUUUGGAUAUAAUCUAACGUAGUUUGUAUCGUCUGGGAAGCAAUUUGUACAGGAGAGAUUUAGUGAUGUUGUAGGUAGUAAGAAGUAAGAAUGUCAGUUGCCAUAUAUACAGAAGUAAGCAAUCACAGACCACAGCAUGUUUGCUCUGUCAAGCUGAGACUGUCUGUAGCCAUGUAUUAGGUGAUGAUAGUAUAGUGCGUUCCUCAGUCAAUCUGUCUCUCUUCAAUGAGAUUGGGAUGUAACGGAACAAAAUGAACCUAAUCUA